GCCAAAUCGCCUGCCUGUGGUGUGUGGUGUCAGGGGGAGACCCAGGGCAGCAGGAGCAGGACAACCGGACAGGCAGGCCGGACGGGGUACCAGCACCUCAACUUCUCUCCCUGGGACACUGUCUAAACUCCGGGGGCCAUAGGCCAGGCUGAGCGAUGGGUGCUGAGGAGGAGGUGCUGGUCACACUAUCAGGGGGAGCCCCCUGGGGCUUCCGACUUCAGGGGGGGGCCGAGCAGAGGAAACCCUUACAGGUGUCCAAGAUCCGAAGACGGAGCCAGGCUGGCAGAGCAGGACUCCGAGAGAGGGACCAGCUCUUGGCAAUCAAUGGGGUCUCUUGCACCAGUCUCUCUCAUGCCAGUGCCAUGAACCUCAUCGAUGCCUCAGUGAAUCAGCUUGUCCUCACUGUGCGGCGGGUAGCAGAUGAGGGGGCUGUGCGAUCUCCAUCUCCUGGUGAGCUUCAGGUGCUAUCACCAUUAUCUCCACUGAGUCCUGAGCCCCCUGGCGCUCCAGUUCCCCAGUCUCUUCAGCCUGCGAGCCUUCGCUCACCCCCUGACAGUGAGGCUUACUAUGGAGAGACAGACAGUGAUGCUGAAGGCCAUGCCACCCAGGAGAAGCCCCGCCGACCCCGCCGCCGAGGCCCCACAAGGCCCAUCCCUCCAGGAGCCCCACCUGAUGAGGUCUACCUGUCUGACAGCCCUGCAGAGCCAGCACCUGCUAUCCCUGGCCCUCCCAGCCAGGGUGACAGCCGUGUGAGCUCCCCAUCUUGGGAGGAUGGGGCAGCCCUUCAGCCACCUCCAGACGAGGCCCUGCUAUUACCCCAUGGCCCCCUCCAGCCUGGCCCUCAUCUCAUCCCUAUGGUGGGGCCUGUUCCCCACCCAGUGGCAGAAGAUCUUACUACCACCUAUGCCCAGAAGGCCAAGCAAGCCACCAACAGUGCCUUUCUCGGCAUGGAGACCUUUGAGCCCAUCAGCCAAGAUCCUCUCAACCAAGCCAGCUGUGACAAAGCCCAAGGCCCAGUUCCUGAACUCCAAGGCCCAUUCUAUGCAGAACUGCAAGGAGCAGAGAGCCUCCAAGAGAAGAGCGUGAAGGAGGCCAAAACCAAAUGUCGGACGAUUGCCUCCCUGCUAACUGCAGCCCCCAAUCCCCAUUCCAAGGGGGUGCUUAUGUUUAAGAAACGGCGGCAGAGGGCCAAGAAGUACACCCUAGUGAGCUUCGGGGCUGCGGCUGGGACAGGCGCUGAGGAGGAAGACGGUGUCCCCCCCACGAGUGAGUCUGAGCUGGACGAAGAGGCCUUCUCCGACGCCCGCAGCCUCACCAAUCAGUCCGACUGGGACAGCCCCUAUCUGGACAUGGAGCUGGCCAGGGUGGGCUCAGGCGCAGGAGAGGGCCAGGGCCCCGGGCUCAGUGAGGUCUCUGGGCGGGGGGUUCAGCUCUUUGAGCGGCAGCGCCAGCGCGCAGCCUCCAGCAGCCAGGAGCUGGCUCCUGUUGGCCAGCCAGCCAUGCUCAACGGGCAGGGCCUGCAGUCACCACCUCGGGCCCAGAGUGCUCCCCCGGAGGCAGCCGUGCUCCCACCCAGCCCUUUGCCGGCCCCUGUAGCCAGCCCCAGACCAUUCCUCCCAGGAGGUGGAGGCCCCACCCCAGCUCCAAGCAUUUUUAACCGGUCAGCCAGGCCCUUUACCCCGGGCUUACAAGGGCAGCGGCCCGGAACCACGUCGGUUAUUUUCCGGCCUCUACCCCCCAAGAGGAUGAAUGAAAGCCUGGGAGGCCUCAGUCCCGCCCCACCCCCCUUCUCGUCCUCUCCGCAGGGGCCUACCCCGCUGCCCAGCUUCACCUCAGGGGUUCCCAGCCAUGUGCCAGCCUCCGGUCCCCCCAGCACCCCACGUCCCUCCGGGCCUGUGACGGCCACCAGUUCUCUGUAUAUCCCAGCCCCCAGUCGGCCUGUUACCCCAGGCGGAGCCCCAGAGCCCCCCGCUCCCCCUAACGCAGCUGCCAUGACCUCCACCGCAUCUAUCUUCCUUUCGGCUCCUCUGCGACACUCUGCGCGCCCAGAGGGGCCCGCCCCAGGCCCCGCGGCCCCUGAGUCCCCCAGCGCUCGGGAGCAGCGCAUCUCCGUGCCAGCUGCCCGCACGGGCAUCCUGCAGGAGGCCCGGCGCCGGGGCACCCGGAAGCAGAUGUUCCGGCCGGGAAAAGAGGAGCCGAAGAACUCGCCCAACCCCGAGCUGCUCUCGCUGGUGCAGACCCUGGAUGAAAAACCCCGGGCUGGGGGUGCUGAAUCCGGUCCUGAGGAGGACGCUCUGAGUCUCGGGGCUGAAGCCUGCAAUUUCAUGCAGCCACCAGGGGGCAGGAGUUACAAGACCCUGCCUCACGUGACACCUAAAACCCCGCCUCCAAUGGCUCCCAAGACCCCGCCCCCUAUAACUCCUAAGACUCCACCCCCAGUGGCUCCUAAGCCCCCUUCUCGAGGGCUCCUUGAUGGGCUGGUGAAUGGGGUAGCCUCUUCGGUUGGAAUACCCGAGCCACCAAGGCUUCAGGGCAGGGGUGGGGAGCUGUUUGCCAAGCGGCAGAGUCGUGCGGACAGGUAUGUGGUGGAAGCUACACCUGGUAUUGGCCUUGGCCCUCGGCCCAGAAGUCCUUCCCCUACUCCUUCACUGCCGCCUUCCUGGAAAUAUUCACCCAACAUCCGUGCCCCACCUCCUAUUGCUUACAACCCGUUACUUUCACCCUUUUUCCCCCAGGCUGCCCGCACUCUCCCUAAUAAAGCCCAAUCAAAGGGGCCUCGGGCAGCCCCCACGCAGGGCAUCAAGGCUCUGGAUUUCAUGCGGCAUCAGCCCUACCAACUUAAAACUGCCAUGUUCUGUUUUGAUGAGGUUCCCCCAACUCCUGGCCCCACUUCCUUAGGGCCCCCCAAAACUGUCCGAGUUCAGGAGAUCCGCCGAUUUUCCACUCCAGGACCCCAGCCUACUGCAGAGCCCCUGGCUACCACUGUCCUUGCCCCCCGAGCAGCCACUACACUGGAUGAGCCCAUCUGGAGGGCAGAGCUGGCCUCAGCCCCUGUUUCUAGCCCAGCCCCUCCUCCAGAAUCUCCCAGGGGCCCUGGGGCCUCCCCCAGCUCCUGUGGUUUCCAGGUAGCCAGGCCCCGAUUCUCGGCCACUAAAACAGGAUUGCAGGCUCAUGUGUGGAGGCCUGGGGCAGGGCACCAGUGAGCAGGGCACAGGUCCCAGGACCAAGGAGGGGUGGAACAUCAAGUUCCUAAAAUUGCUUCUCCUAUCCUAUCCUCCCCUCUCUCUGAGGCAUCUAGAGGCUAAAUUCCCUCCUGCCAGAGAUGAUUUUGGAGUUGGUGUCCUAUCCCCCACCUUCCUUACUCCCCACCUCCCUGCUGCUUUCCAGCCUGCUAUCUCUGCUUUGGUAUUUUUGCUUCUCUUUGCCUCUGUAUUUCUUUGCCUGGAUCUUUGUCUUUAUCUUCAGGACUCUCUGCCCAUACUCCUCCACAGGUCUCUUCUUUACAUUUGCGCUUUUCUCUGUGGGCCUUAUUUUAAUGUGCAGUGAGAAACAGAGUAGAAGUUACCACUGGGACCUCAGGCAAGAAGCUCACCCGCAGGCACAUAGCAAUGGGCCUGAACUAACCUGUUUGCACCAAGCUCCUCCCUACUCUUCACUCUGCUUUACCAAGCUUGGCUGGCAUAUACGUAAGGGUGUAUGUGUGUGCACGAAUGUGCUCUUCUGUUUGAGGCAAAUGUAAGAGAAGUCUAAAUAAAGACCCAAUCACGGUCUUAUCCUUGCACUGAUAGAAGGGUCAGAUAUCCCCACAGAGAGUCUAGCAGGGUGAAAGAGAUUCACUAGAGAGUAACUCCUUAGAGACCAGCAUCUGUAGCAGGAGUACAGCAGCUUGUGAAACUAAUGGAGUAUGAGAAGACUGAAGGACUGGAACAGUUUACAUGGGCUGAGUUAUACCAGCUAGGCCAGGAAUAGAACUAAGAAUUCUCCCAUUCCUCAGGAUUUCAGAAUGUUAGCAACUAGAGAGGCCCAGCUGAGUAAGCCAGUAUCCAGGAAGAGAAAAAAAGAAAAAAAUUCCUCUGAGAAUGAACAAAUUAUUGGCUUCAUUGCCUCAUAAGCCUAAGACAGAAAGGAGGGAGAAGAGAGCCUGGGUGUGGAGAAUGAGGCAAACACCAGGAGCAGAGCAAUAAUGAGUAGAAGUGACUGAGCCACAGAGAGGAGCAUGGUGAGGAGCAGUACAGUCCUGGCAGAGAGUAAAGUCAGGUAACAAGAAAGCAACUGUGUGCAAGAGGGGGAUUGGGAACAAAUUUGAGGGAGAAGAAUGUAUUUGUUAGAGUGAAGGGGGAUGAUGGGAAGGAAAUGUGAGGGUUUGUGUUGAGUGUUGAAAGAACAACUGGUCUCUGUACAACUUCCUCUGAGUUUGUCAUUCAGUUUGUCUUCUGCAGUUUGUCUUCUGCAGUUUGUCAUGACUACCUGGUAAAAGGCAAGGAAACAACCCAAAGCCAAAACCUCUUUUCAGUCAUACCCCAUCCCUCAAAACCCUAGCACUGUUCCUUUUCAGCUUCAGGUCCUGAUCUCUGAUCCUAGAAGGGUACUAACUCCUCUCUCACCAAGACAACCACCAGCCACAUUUGCUCUUUGAUCUGGAAAGUGAUAAUUCCCUUUGCAUAUUGGGUGUGAGUCACAGUUCUUUGGUUUGUGCACAAGAAUAAACUUAUGCCCUAUA